AUGGAUCAGUAUACGGCCAUUUUCUUGGUUGAUAAACCAUCUCAGUUCAAGUGUACAUCAAUUACCUCAGCCGCGUUGCAUGAGUCGAAAGAAGUGCGAAAAAAAUUGGGAUCACUGGAUGAGCAUCCGUCAUGUUCUUCUUUCAACGCGAGAGAAGAGACCGGUGUAGCUCCUUUCGUCUUCGUUAAAAUAGAAGAACAAUCUACGGUAAACGACAUAAACGGAAUCGUUAAAACAGAAGAGCAUCCGAGGUUAGAUGAAGCAAACGCGACCACAGCUGGCUCUAGUGGCGAUCAUAGUCAGGUGCCAAAGGUGGACAAGGAAGACACACCUGUGGAAAUUAAUUGGAAGUUCCUGACAGCAAUAACCUUUGCAGAUGUGAAGAGUUUUGUUGAAUCCUUGGAAAGCGGGUUUCGCUUCAAAACACAAAAUAGCAGCGCUAAAGGAGUAAUGCGUUACUAUAACUGCCGACGAAUUAAGGUGAACGCCAAGGAACAAUGCAACAGAAAAGUUAUGGUGUAUAUCCCGAAUACGGAAAACGACGAGUGCAGCGUACACAUCAAAGGGCAGCAUACAUGUAACAACAUGGGCUCAGAGUCGAAGGCCAAAAUGGCCUUACAACCCAAUGACUACAGUACCAUCAACGAGAUGCUUCGCACUGGGACGCCAAAAAAAGAAAUCAAGAAACUUUUGAUGGCGCGUAAUGAGAAUAUAUCAACCAACAGACUCAAUUAUGCGGUAAAGAAGGCUUCAGCAGAGCUGUAUGGUAGUGGAACACUGUCGUUGGAUGUCAAUUAUGCGGCAAAGAAGGUAAAUUGAACAAUGAAGAAAUUUUAAGAAUGAC